CUCAUUUAUUUUCAGGCUUGGUAACCGAUUGUAAGUAACAGAUAAUCAAUGAAGUACACCAAAUAUAGAUCUCCCGUGUAUUUAGUGAGAGAAAUAUUCACCCCUACUGACUCAGUAGGAGCCUGUAUUGCACGUAACUUAAACAAUCUAAAAGAUAUGUAGUUAACUGUUAUACAACGUAGGAUGAAUUUGGAUUUCACUUCACCAGGAGAUUUGAUCUUUAAUUACACAAGUCCUCCAUAGUUGCACAUUUCAGAGGUUUUCUGUCUUGCGUUCUAUUCCCACUGCCCUCCAGUCUCAGUCAUUAAGAAACAGGGCAGGUAGUUCCCUGAGGCGCAAAAAUAGACUCCUACUAAAGCCUUUCUGACUGAUGACUAAUCUAUAUUUCGAUACUGCACUGUCCAAGUUCUUCCUGCGCCUUCCCCUUCAUCUGCUGGGUAUUAUCAAGGGUGAUUGCUCUUUGAAAAGCUUGGGGCGUGUGAAGUAGAUGACGCCGCUUCGUGUUUUGGAGUUGAAGCACUCGUACAGAUCAGAACUGGAAGUACGGACUGUUGCAGUUGCUGCAUCUGUGCUGGGCCCAGGUGUGCUUGGGUAUAGCGAUGUAUACAGUCAGCACAUGUUGGGUUUUCAAAUGCAAUUAGUCAUGUAUAUGUGUAGCAAUAGGAGUAUAUGUGUGGCAAUAGCAACAGCAGGACCAAUCCGCCCAGCAGCCUUUUAAAGUGGGCUGGAGUCAGAUAGAUAAGGGUGCUGUAUCAGCACACUUUUCACUGUUCCCAGGCUGUACUGUACCACUAGCAGAAUAUAGUGGAAAAACACUGUGCACCGUGACAGAGCUUGUACAGUGCAGCACUCUUAAAAGCUGAAGUGGCUUUUGCAAAAGAGAUAUUUUCUUAAUGUUGGUUUCUUUUGAGGAGGCAAAUGUUACACAUCAUCAGCUUUGGUCAGAAUUUACAGUAAAUGUUUUCCUGUCCAGUGUGAUACUUGAUUUGCCUUUUUUUCCUCUUUCUUCUCCCUCCAUUCCCUGUCACCAGUUUGCCAGUUAUAUUUCCAGGCGUUUGCUGAUGUUGCAGAGAUGCUGUGAGAAUAGAGUCAGGCUCACUUUGAUUGUGCUGCACAGGUCAAGUCUGCUGCAGUGUAUAAAUCAGAAAAUGGCUACUACUGAGAAACUUGCACUGGACCACACAUUGUCUUAUUCUUAUGCAAUCAAGUUGAUAGUUUAAAGUGUUUUCUUAAUGUAGAAAUGGCGAAAGAUUCGUGCUGCCUCUUGUUUCCCUUAAAUGAUUGUUUACUUUCACCCCUCCUCACCGAAAUAGACUGCUUUUAAAAAUAUUCCCCCUGAAUCUGCACUCCACACACUCAGUCAUAAGUCUAAGUACCCCUGGGAUUUUGCUGCAUGACAAAUGGCCCUUCACUCCUGGCUCUCAGCAGCUGCCAGGUAAAGUUCAGUGUUGAUGGAGUGCCAGAGUGGCACAAACAGGGCCACAGAUGAGCCGCCUGAUACCAACAGGACCACAGUUCACUAAACCACCAACACAGUCAAGGGUUACUAGUCUGGCACCAGUUGGGACCGACCUACUGCUAGCAUCAAGAGAGCAAGUUGUCCUUAACUUUUGGAUUAUGUCAUAGGAAAUAUCUGGACACAACAACAUCAAACUUAGCAAUGUUUCUUUUUUUUUUAUUCUUAAAGGCAUAUCAUAUUACAAGCUUCUUUUUAUUCAGAUGAAAUCUUUAAAUAUACAUAUUAAACCAAGAUAUCUAUGUAUAUUAUAUAAUUUUGUUAAUAGAGAAGAAAGAAUAGAAACAAAAAGAACAUGUAAUUGGAGAAUGCAGCACUGCAUUAACAGCUGCAGAUGAUGAUGCAAGGAAACAUAAUCAAUGCCAGCUUUAUUCUUGAUGUCUGAAAAAUACAAAUGAUUAAAAUAGUUGGAAAACAUCUUGUCAAAACCAAAAUUAAGGACUUAAAUGCAUAUCAAACCCAUAUUAAUAUGUUACAUCUUGUUUGUGUAGAAGCCAGAGUUUAGUUUUGUAUUAUAGAGAAAUAGCUCGACAAAGCUCUGAAGUAUUCCACUGUAUGGAUGUUUAAAAGCAGAGAUGUUUGAUGUGUGUAAGUUUGGUGACUUUGUUUUAAAAGCUUGGAAAAGGAGGCAGGAUGGAUUCUUUAAUUACUGUGCACGUGUUGUCAGUUAUUUGAGAAGCUUGUUGUAAACUGUGAAGAUCUGAGGGUUGAUUGCAACAUUUCUUUCUUUCUUUCCUUCUUUCCUAACUUUUCUAUUGUUUCAUGUAUGCUGCUUGUGUUGUCUUCUAACACAUUCCUCACAGAAGCUAUCAUUAUUAGUUUGAAUGAUUUUUGCUUCUGCGUUGUACUUGAUUCCAAAAUUCCACUUGUAGCAGUUUGAUAGCUGUGGUUGUCUACCUUACCUUGAUGCAGGUUUUUCUCUGUACAUACACUAUACACAUAUUGUACAUAUAGACUACACAUUCAACCACUUAGAUGGCCACUGUACAGCACAGUUUUGGCAGCUUUACCAGCUGAGCAGUCCUGCGUGGACUGACACAGAGGCGCUGUCCAUGGUGCUGCAGUUAUGCGUCUCUGACAGCUCCUGUAUGGAGGAGGGGUACAGCACUGUAUAGCUUACUGUAUAUACACAUUUCCUAUAUAACGAUAUUUCACUUCGUAGCGUCUCAGUCACACUGGUUGGGUCGAGGCAAGCUACUUUUAUAGCAUGUAUUAGAUUCUAAAUAUCUUUGAACAAGCCCAUUUGUAAAACACUCCCGGAGAUGACAAAAAAUGUGUUUCAAAUAAUGUUCAAAUUGGCAACAAAAUGUACAUUUUUGCAUAAUUUAGCACACGAAUUUAUUCUUGAAUCUGGAAAUUCACUACCGGCCACAUGCGGUUGGCUGCAUCUGUUAGUAAAUGCACAUCAAAAUAGCCACGUUUGCAUUAACUGUAUAUGAAAGGUAGAGGUUACCAGAUCGCCUGUAGCAGCUUAAUAAUACCUUAUUUUUUACCAUGUAUGGCGCAUGGUUGUUUAACCAACAGUUAUCCGACGGGAGCUCUGGCUUAAUAAAUAAUUAAAGUGGACGGAGGGGAGCUGCAGCUGAUUUGCUGAUGUCAGGGAGCCAGUGCAGCAUUUCAUGGUGCAGGGUGUAAACGCGCGCUGCCAUCUGCCUCGAUCGGUUGCUUCUCAGCGAACCUCACACAUGCGAGCCCGGCAAGAAAGAUGCUGCCAACUCUCAAGAUUUGGGCAUUGUUUUCUGUGUCGCUGUGCUGCCUGUGUCAACCGGCUCAUUUGAAGAAGGGUUCCCGAUGUCCUUCAACAUGCAGCUGCUCCAAGGAGUCUAUCAUUUGCGUCGGGUCCUCUUAUGUCCCAAGGAUUACCCCCAACGACAUCAAUUCUUUGAGCGUUGUCAAUGGGACUUUCUCUGAGGUCAAAGAGGCUAUGUUUGCUCACAUGCCAUCCCUCCAGCUACUGCUUUUGAAUUCCAACUCUCUAACAACAAUAAGGGAUGAUGCAUUCUCAGGCCUUCCACAUCUGGAGUACCUGUUCAUUGAGAGUAAUAAGAUAGAGACUACAUCCAAAUAUGCCUUCAGAGGACUCAGGGACUUGACUCACUUGUCUUUAGCAAACAACAACAUCAAAGCCUUGCCCAGGGACCUCUUCAUUGACCUGGACUCACUGAUAGAGCUGGACCUGCGAGGCAAUGCCUUUGAGUGUGACUGCCGUGCCAAGUGGCUGAUGACGUGGCUGAAGAACACCAAUGCCACAGUGUCGGAUGUCGUAUGUGCUGGGCCAGAGGACAUGAAGGACAAGCGCCUCAAUGAUAUGACCAGCCUGCACGAUGAGUGCAUCUCAACGGAUUUCGUCCUCCACCAGUCUGUGGCAUCAGAGUCACUGUCUGUUGACACAUUCAGUUAUAAGAAUGAUGUCUAUGUGGCUAUUGCUGCUCCCAGCAUAGAGAGCUGCAUGGUUUUCCAAUGGGACCACAUAGAAAUGAACUUCAGGACGUAUGAUAACAUUACAGGUCAGUCCAUUGUGGGGUGCAAGUCAGUUGUCAUCCAGGACCAGGUGUUUGUCAUUGUGGCUCAGCUCUUUGGUGGUUCUCACAUCUACAGAUUUGAUGAGGACCAAAGCAGGUUCAGCAAGUUCCAGGACAUUGAAGUGUCCAAGAUAUCCAAGCCCAAUGACAUUGAGGCGUUCCAGAUUGGCUCAGACUGGUUCUUUGUGAUUGCUGACAGCUCAAAAGCGGGACUGUCCACCCUCUACAAAUGGAACGAUAAGGGCUUUUAUUCAUACCAGUCGCUGCAUGAGUGGUACCGUGAUACAGAUGCAGAGUUCUUGGACUUGGAUGGGAAGGCCCACCUAAUCUUGGCAAGCCGCUCACAGGUGCCUGUGAUCUACCAGUGGAGCAGAAACAACCAGAAGUUUGUCCUGCAGGGCGAGAUUCCCAACAUGGAGGAUGUAGUAGCUGUGAAGCACUUCCGGAUCAAGGGGGAACUCUACCUGGCUAUGACACGAUAUAUUGGAGACUCCAAAGUUCUACGUUGGGGUGCCAAACAGUUUGCAGAGAUCCAAGCCUUGCCCUCACGAGGCUCCAUGAUUCUGCAGCCAUUCUUUUUCAAAGAACGUUACUACCUGGCCCUGGGGAGUGAUUACACCUUCUCACAGAUCUACCUGUGGGAUGAUGACAAGAAAGUCUUUGACCGCUUCAAGGAGGUGUACAUCCAGGCACCACGCUCCUUCACUGUGGUUUCUACUGACCGCAGGGACUUCAUCUUUGCCUCUAGCUUCAAGGGAAACACACAGAUCUAUGAGCACAUCAUCAUUGACUUGAGCUUGUGAGGGACUGUACCUUGUUGCCCCUCCCGCAAUCGAACGUCUUCCACUAAAAAGAUACAUGUGUGGGUCAGGAACUGAACAGAACAGACUUUUUGAACCGAUAAAUAUAAUUCCUAUAUCAUUCUGUCACAAACAAGAGCUGGGUCAAGUAGUGUUUGGAAUCCUUGAGUUUCUUAAGGUGUCUUGCAUAUUUCUCAAUGGCCUUGUCCUUUUACCCAUCCUCAUGGCCUCUCAGUUUCAGAAAUUAUAGCAUUUCAGAAAAACUGAGUGGGAGAGUCAUUAGGGUUGGCAGUUGUACAAAGCAGCUGAUAUCCUCCUGAAAAUCCAACUGACAUUCCUGAGGGUGGAAAAUUUUACAUAUAAUUUACAUACAACUCUUUGGAUGUAUAGAUUUCUGUUUAAUGGUUUUAUACCCCCACCCCUCACCCACCCACCAACUCCAAUUAAAAACAAAUUUUAAAAAAAGAAAAGAAAAGAAAAAACUGGACCUGAGAAAAAGAAAGAGAAAGAUCAUGUUACAAGUUUUUUUAAUCCUUAUUUGGGGCAACUGAGGAUAUAACUGGUUUGGUUGCCACUUACCUCAUAUCCUCAUACCCUGUGGUACAGGAUGUUGCCUUCUGGGUUCUGAUGGACCCACAGUGCCUCCCUCUGGCCGUGAUAAAGUAUCACACCCCUUUUCAUUUUCCAUACAGGGAAUGUCUUGAAAGCACAAACCUUUAAUUAACACAGGUGAGAUCACAGUUGUUAGAGUGUAGUUGUUUAGUGGAAAAUGUUACUGUAGGUGCUAUAGAUUAUACUGCAUACAGUAAAAAAAAAAAGAAGUGGUUUGUUGUUUUAGGAGGUGAACUAUUAAGAACUGGAUAUAGUUAACGCCGCCUUAGACGGAUAGAAAAUCCCCAGUUAGAUACCGUUUUAGUUCAGAGGUACUUUAAGUGGCAAAGUAGAUAGAAGCUUAUAGAAAGGAUGUGUUUAGGUGAUGUCAGGGAAUUAAACCUACUUAUAAGUUUGAAAAAUCACCACAGUUAUUGGACUACUGACAGAACUAUAAACUUUUGUUUUGGGCUAUCAUUUAAAAAAAGGCUCCUCACAGCUGAAGUCAGUGGCCUCAAAUAAAAAAAAAAAAUUGAUAGAGGACAUAACUUAGCCAAAACUGAAGGAAACAUAAUUUAUGUAAAUACAUCCACUCAAGUUGAGAGACUUUUUCAGUUUGUCUUUCUGUUCUCUGAAAAUACCGAAUGUUGACUUACAAGCUACAAAAUGUACAUAAAACAAGGACAGCAAUGCCACAACCUGUUUGUCACACAAAAAUCUGAACAGAUCUUUGCACUUACUUGAUAAAAUGUUACCGCAGCUUGCAAGAGCAUGACAUUCAAAGUUUUGCCAAACUCUUUUUAGAUGAACCUAACAAACUCAGAAGUGUAACAGUGCUUCUACUCAUUAAGUGAAUGGUAUUGCAAAUAAUUAAAAAAAAAAUAACAUAAAGGAAUAUGCAAGCUUUACAACAUACAGAUUCUUUUCUAUGAUUUAGUUUUAAGCAUAUUGAAUGUUAUUCUCAAAUUAUACUGUAAAUUUAAUCAGUUGUGUAUCAAAAUAAAUGUGUAAAAAUGA